CUGAUAAGCAAUGUAAUAGUUUCUUGAAUUCAAACUAGGUUGACGUUAUAGCAUGUUGUUUUAGUUUGCUGUUAUCAAUCACAGUUGCUUUUAAAUGUACCCCCCCUUGCUCUUUUUUGGUAUAAACUAACCUAGCAACAAGUCGACGGCGGUAGUUUUUUCUCUGAAUGUCUAAUCUUAAUUUUUUAGAAGGUAAAGUGCGAGAUUUCAAGUAAAUUAGACACGACCUUUACUAUUUUUAGACGUUGAAACCAUCUGUUUCUUCCAAACUUCGGCCUAAAUCCGAGCGGAAGCGUCUAACUAGUUAAUCCCCAAAGUAUCAGUCCCGGGCCGUUCAAAGUGCGUGAUGCCAGUAAACGGAGAGGGGCUGCUCUCCCUAAGCAGAUACGCAACUCAGUAUUUCACCAACCCGGUCAUGGAGGAGACCGUGUGGGAGCAGUACACCGUGACCCUGCAGAGGGAUCCGAAGAUGGGCUUUGGCAUCGCAGUGUCAGGGGGACGAGACAACCCGAAUGAGGAUAGUGGCGAGACGUCCAUUGUGGUGUCCGAUGUCCUGCAGGGAGGACCUGGUGACGGCUUGUUGUUUGAGCAUGACCGAGUGGUGCAGGUGAACGCCAUCCCCAUGGAGGGCGCCGUCCACUCCUUCGCCGUCCAGACCCUCCGGAAGUGUGGCAAAGUAGCAAAAGUUACAGUGAAGAGGCCCAGGAAGGUUCCAGUCAAUAUGCUGAACCGUCCCCCGUCACCUGAUGACAGAGUCUUCAACAACGACUACAAUGACGAUUACAACUACGAGCAGGACCGCCGCAGUGUGUACAGCGGCCGGAGUGCAGGAGUGCGGGACCACAGCCUGGAGAGGGAGCGAGGCGGGGGAGGCUACAUGGAUUCUGGCUACCAAACACGUGAGCGUGACUACGACAGGGACUACGACCGGCGGGAACGUGGUCGGAGCACGGAGAGAGACCUGAGCCCGGACCGGCACAAGAGAGAUAGCAGCAGAGGUCGCACUUUGGACAGAGAACGCAGCCCGGAUCGCCUCCACAAGGCCGACCACUUGCCCGCCCCUAACUACAGCCCAGACAAAAGGUACCGCAGCGAGCGUGCGUUAGACAGAGAGCCCAGCCCCGAUCGGCGCUACCGCAGCGAGCGUGCCCUCGACCGGGAGUACAGCCCAGACAGACGGUACCGCAGCGAGCGAACUCUGGACCGCACACACAGCCCAGACCUGCGCCACGGACGUGACGGCUACAGCCCAGUACGAGGCCGCGGACGCGACCACAGUAUCGAACGAGGACGUGAACGCAUCCCCAGUGACCCGAGGAAGUACGAAGAGCCACCCAAACGGAGCGGAAGCAGGGACCGUCUGGAGCGCUCGCCCUCACCUGCUGCCAUGCCCAUCCCUCUGCCCCGCCCCGCCCGGGACCUGGAGCCACUGGAGAAACCCCUGAAUGUGUUGCUGCUGAAGAACCGGCCCAACGAAGAGUAUGGCCUUCGUCUUGGCAGUCAGCUCUUCAUCAAAGAGAUGACCAACACAGGACUCGCCAGCAGAGAUGGGAACCUGCAGGAAGGGGACAUUAUAUUAAAGAUUAACGGCACGGUGACAGAGAACCUGUCUCUCAGCGACGCAGGGAAGCUGAUCGAGAAGUCACGCGGGAAACUGCAGCUAGUGGUGCAGAGAGACAAGCGGCAGGUGCUGAUUCGAGUCCCCCCGAUGGUCGACAGCGACUCAGAGCUCGAUGAUAUCUCCGAGAUCGAGUCGUACCGCUCCUACUCUCCGCAGGAUGACAGGCGGGGCCACCACUCCGACCUCUCCUCCCACUCCUCCAAUGAGAGGCUCCGAGAGAAGCCCAGCAGAGAGGACCCGCCCAAAAGGCUGGCAAAGAUGGGCGCCAUGCCUACACCCUUCAGACUUCCCGACAGGGUUGUAGAAAACACGGCCCCUUUGCAGGCAGACAGGGAGGAGCCACGGGCAGAAACACCGCCAGUACCAGCAGUCGCUGUAGCCCCGAGGGUUCAUGCUCCUCCAAAGGUGCCACUAAAGCCAAGCAUAGAGGACCAGGAUGUAUAUGGGCCGAACACUGUGAUGGUGCGUUUCAUUAAAGGGGACAGCGUGGGUAUGAGGCUGGCAGGGGGAAAUGAUGUCGGCAUCUUCAUCGCUGGCGUUCAGGAUGACAGCGCAGCUGAGCAGGAGGGUCUCCGCACAGGAGAUCAGAUCAUGAAGGUGAACAACAUGGACUUCAGAGGCAUGGUGCGUGAGGAUGCCGUCCUCUACCUCCUGGAGAUUCCCAAAGGAGAAGAUGUAACCAUUCUUGCUCAAAGCAAACCUGAAGUGUACCAGGACAUUUUAGCAUCGGGUAGAGGUGACUCUUUCUUCAUCAGGACACACUUUGAGUUUGAGAAGGAGGCUCCUCAGAGCCUACCUUUCACCAGAGGCGAGAUCUUCAAAGUGACAGACACGCUUUAUGAUGGCAAACUGGGCAACUGGCUGGCAAUCCGCUCUGACAAAGACAACCAGCUGCGGGAGAAAGGAAUCAUCCCCAACAAGAGCCGAGCAGAGCAAAUGUCCAAUGUGCAGAAUGCUGCUCGGGCAGCAUCAGGCAAUGACAGAGGAGACUUCUGGAGGCUAAGAGGUCAAAGGGCGGCAAAGAAGAAAGACUUACGCAAGAGCCGAGAGGACCUGAGCGCAGCUCCAGUCACCACAAAAUUCCCUGCAUAUGAGAGAGUGGUCUUACGUGAAGCUGGUUUCAGGAGGCCUGUGGUGAUAUUUGGGCCCAUUUCGGACGCAGUGAAUGAAAAACUGAGCAACGACAUGCCGAGCCAGUUUGUUGUUGCCAAAACGGAGCCCAAAGACGCAGGAAGUGAGAAAUCCUCCGGAGUAGUGAGACUAAACACCAUCAGAAAAAUCAUUGAGCAGGACCUUCACGCUCUGCUGGAUGUGACUCCCAAAGCUGUGGACACUCUGAACUACACACAGUGGUAUCCCAUCGUCGUGUUCCUCAACCCAGAGAGCAAGCAAGCCGUCAAGACCAUGAGAAACCGCCUCGUGCCCGGAUCCACCCGCAGCGCACGUAAACUGUACGAGCAGUCCGUUAAGCUAAGGAAGACAUGCUCGCACCUUUUCACUGCUACUAUCGACCUCAACUCUUCCAAUGACGCAUGGUAUGGCAGCGUGAAAGAUUUGAUUCAGGAGCAGCAGGACAGAGCUGUGUGGGUGUGUGAGGGCAAGCUGGAAGGUUCAGAGGAGGACCUGGAUCUCCAUGACGACCGCAUGUCCUACCUAUCGGCGAUGAGCGCAGACUACCUGAGCAUGGACAGCCGUCUGACCAGCGACUACGAAGACACAGCGGACGAGGGCGGGGCUUACACUGACAACGAGCUGGACGAAACGCUGGACGAGCCCCAGCCGGUGUCGGCCAUCAGUCGGUCAUCAGAGCCCGUACUGUCAGACGAGAAGCCUCAUCCUGAACCCCGGUCUCGUAUGAGGAGGGCAGGAAGCAGAGAGAUGCUGAACAGAGAUCCCAGCCCUCCUCCUCCUUUUGUCCCUGAACCCCCAAAGGUGCGGGCUCAGACUCGGACGGACUCAUCGCGGAGCUAUGACUCGCACUCCAGCAGCACAAUCAGCAGCGAUGCCGUGGCUGUAAACAGGCCGCAUCCCCCUCCUGUGGCCCUGAAACCCCCCGUCCCCCGUCUGAGUCAGACGUCAGAGGAGCCGAGCCCGGGGGAGGAGGACCCUGCCAGCAAAUCCUUCCUGGGCAAGAUUAAAGCCUUUGAGAAGAUGGACCACCUGGCCCGAGCUCAGAGGAUGCUGGAGCUGCAAGAGGCAGAAAAUGCACGAUUGGAAAUCGCCCAGAAGCAUCCAGACAUCUACGCCGUCCCAAUGAAACUGCCAAAACCCAACCUCAACCGUCCUCAGCCAAUAGGUUCAAGCUCCAAUCCCGAGCAGCAGACUCCCUUCAGGCCUCCGUACUCCGAGUCCAAAGGCUACGAGGACGAAGAGGCGGAGUACCGCAGACAGCUGGCCGACCAGACCAAGAGAGGAUACUACAACCCUAAGAGAUACAACGACACGGAGCUGUAGGCUGAGACACCAGGAAGUGACAUUAUCACUGCAACACGGCUGGAUCCCUCCGACGCCAUCACUACAAGCAGACGGUGUUUGUGGCCUUGGCAACAGCUAAUGCAUCUUUACCUUGAUGGAAACUCUCCGAACUUUUGUUUGUAGUCAGAUUCCUGGAAAGAUGUCAAACACUUUCCAACACACACAAUAUUCUUGUAAAAGUGUUUUUUGGCAAGUUUACACGUCCUGUAGGGAAAAAUGGCCGAUUCUUCUCGCGUCCCUUUUCACAGACCUGAUAUUUCAGUGUAUAUAUUCUUUUGCUGUGUCUGAAGAGGUUUUAUUUUCCCCCAUUACACAAACACCUAGUCUGGCUCAUGUAUUACCAUUGCAUUAGAGUCACAGAGCUAAGCAUGCUGUUCUGAAAGAUAAAUAUCCAGAAUUUUGAUCAUUUUUAAGGUAUUUCCGCAAAGACUGUUCCAACCAUCUGGAAGAAAAAUGUUUUCGGCACGAUGAAGCUCUGAGCUGUACGGGAGCCCUGAAAGGCCAUUGAGAAGAGAAAAUUCUCAUGAUCAAGUUUGAUCUAAAUAGUUUUCUCUCCUGUGUUCAUGACUUGAGAACAGGUGAAUUUCUUUGUCAGGAUAAUUCGAGGCUCUAAACAGGACUAAAAGCUUUAAUGUUUUCUUCCAGGUGAGUUUUAAUCUUCAUGCAGCAAAGCACCUUGAGUUUAGAGUGCAUACAGCAUUAAAACUCACCUGGAAGAGAACAUGAGAGCUUUUAGUUCUAUUUAGAACAUGGAGUAGUGGUGCAUUUCAGCCUCUUGUGGCCGAACUGAGUAUUACAACAACAAACAAAUCCACCUGGCAACACAUUUUCCUAAACACAGAAAAGAAAACUAUUUAGAUCAGACUUAGAAAAUGGAUCACCAGAAAGAAAAUGCUUCACUUGCCUCUCAGGACUUCCAGAGAGACGCCAUAUUUCCGUGCUCAUUUUGUGGAGAAAAGAAAAAUCUAAAGAAGAAAAAAAACAAUACAGACAAAUAUAAAACUUUUCAUGCAAAUUGAGCAAAGAAAUAUGGCCGACUUUUCCAGACACCAUCUUUGUUUUGAUCAUACUGUUGUUGGAUGAGCCUUUUUCAAAGAUCACCAGGUGUGUGUGUGUGUGUGUAUAUAUAUAUUUCAGAAACAUAUAUGCUCACCUCUGUCACUGGAAUGUAACUGCAAUGCAGGAUCUGGUUUGGUCCGUAGAUAUAGUACUGUAGACUACAGCAUCCAGACUGUUGUACAUCCUAUCAGCGAACGGUUUUGUGCUUUUUGUUUUGUUUUGCGUGCCACCAAUGUUCUAAACCUCGACAACAUAAACUAGCUUCAGGUAGCUCACACAGGAACAAUGUAUAAAUCAAACACUCUGCUGUUAGUCUUCCUCUGCUUAUCUCUCCUGCCAGCUCUUCUCUGGUUUAUUGUACGCCUCUACUUUCCUGAUUGGAUAUUUGUAUACAUACACUACACUGUGUAAUAUGCGUACAUACUAGGAAGCGGCAUAUUUUCAAGUGCCUUGUAGCUUUAAUGUUUGGUGAAGUUGUGCAUGUGAAGCAUUUCUGUAUUCAGGUCAGCUGAACACGACGUACGAGAUUAAUGAUACAGACUUCACUGUUCAAAUGUUUCAUAAACAGGGUUUUGUGUGAACAAUUAUUAAGGUAGAGUUACAGUUGGAUUUAAGGGUGCAGCUGAUUAUGUUUGUCUUUAUUAGCAGCCUGCACAUUCACAAUAUCCCAUUGUUACUGCAUAUUCUAUGUUUUUAUAUUGAAUGUACACUGAACUCAGUCUUUGUACAUCUGGAAUGUGGUGACGACAAUCAUGUUGGUUGAUCAGUUUCUUUUAAAUGUCUGUUAGUUUGUGAUUUUUCUCUUUUUUUUAGUUUGUGAUCUUAGUGUUACAGAACAGACUCUUGUUGGAAUUCAAAUAAUUAAAUCUGUUUUUUACAUAUUC